UUCCGGGAGAUGCUUGCCCUGGCGCGGUACACGUUGUGGCAGAGAAGUUUCAAUGCCACGUUCCGCUCUACCUCCACACCGCCCGGUUUCCCGGUCCCGUUCACGCGGAGACCCAGCACGGAAUUCUGGACCCCCGGACCGCACAGCCCGCUCCUCACUUCAACACCGCUCCGUGGCCACCUGGACGGUCGUGGCCAAUGGCCUGCCUGUGGCAUGGACGUCACGGUCCCGCUGGAACAGCCAGCCCCGGCCGCUGCGGGGAGAGGACCCGUCACGGACUCCUGCCCCGUUCAGGGGUCUCACACUAACAGACAGGCACCCCUCGGACCCCCUCCAACCUCUGACCGCCGAGGAGAGGCGGAUUCUCUGUCCGCAAUGUCAAGUACCCGAGGUGCACAGGGGGACCCACCGCAGAGGCGCCCUGCACCAAGCCCGCCUCGAAGCAACCCGCACAGUGUCCGACGUUGCCACCGCCAUCACUACAUUACGUCGCCUUCGUCCCGAACUGCUGGUGGAGUCCGCACCUGCCAGGCAGCCCACAACACAACCGGUUCCUCCGGUACCCGACGACGCCAUUCUCGACAUCACCGACGAUCUGAGGGCCCUUUAAGGGGGGAGGAGUGUGGUCGAGCACCACGAAGCUUUCUACACAAGCCCCUGGAUGGCGCUUCAGCAAGUGUCUCAACCUUGGCCUCCGAUAAGAGGGGCGUUGCUUCAAAGAUAAAAAGGCAGGGUGCGACAGGGGAAGGGAUCUUUUUCCGGGAGAUGCUUGCCCUGGCGCGGUACACGUUGUGGCAGAGAAGAGCAUCCCGUAUGCACCUGCAUUUCAAUUCCAAUCUGUAUUACAAGAAUGACAGACCACUCAACAGAGAUGAACAUCUGAAAGUGAAAGAGCUGGAAUGAAGAUACGUUAAUCUGUGUCAAAGGUUCUUGGUAUGUGUGCGAGUCGAGGACAUAGGUCUCAAGCUUAUUCCUGUCUUCAGAAGAGGUGACAACUAUGCUCCUUCUAUCUAUUAACCAGCUCCACUUUUUAGGGUUCCCUGUAAACUAAUGGAGCACAUCAUGUACUACCACGUUGUCAACUAAGUUGACUCUGUCAAUUUCUUUUUUUAAAUUCCAGCAUGGCUUUAGAAAAGGGUAUUCAGGCAAAACUAACGUAGUGGAAUUCGUUCACAGCAUUUCAAACUGUCUUGAUUUCUGGGUCCAUGUAGAUGUAGUAUUCUGUUUAUUUUGUAAGGGCUUUUGACACUGUGCUCUACGCUCGCGUGUUGGCCAAAGUAGCCUAAUUAAAAUUUGAUCCUGCUACCUGGAUAUGCAGUUUCUCAACUAACCGUAACUGUGGCGACAACUCGUGAGGAGAACCUAUCAUAUCGCCACCAUGCAGCAUUUGUUAUAUUACAAUCGCUUCACAUUUUAAUCUAGUCAAAAGCAAGGCCUUUUGGUGAUCGGUCUUGUAUAAUUACGUGCCCAUCCGUUAUGUAACACCACACUGGGUUCUUCAACCUAUGAGAGAGAAAUAAAUAUAUUGCCAAGUAAAUUGUCUACAAGGCUCGUUAUUCCAUUUCGCCACACUACCACAAGCAAUUGUUAGAGUAGUGGCCCAGGGUAUGAAGCUCGCCACUAAUCAUCAUUCAAACAAAGUUCAUAAUGUAAAAUGCUUUACUCAGAACACUGGCUUAACACAACAAUUAAGAAUAAAGAGAGUAAACGUUUCAUUGCCUAUCCAGGUGGCAUCAUCCCUCCAACAGAGAACAAUCAAAAACAACAUCAAAGGAGUCAAAUCGGUGGUCCGCAUUCCUUUCAUGCAAUGUAUUUCAUACGCUGUUUGGAGGGCACUGUGCCCUUCAGGCAUUUUGACUGUGCAUAUCAAGUUGAGUGCAUAGAAUCUGAUGCAACCUACAUUGGCGAGAUAGACAAAAGACGUGGGACAAGA